AUGCUGAUUCCGCCGCCCAACUUUGGUAUGGUAGAGGAGAGUUUGUACCGAUCAGGACAGCCUGAUCAGCUAAACUUUCCUUUCCUUGAGAAACUUGGUUUGAAAAGUGUGAUUUGGCUUGCGCCAGAGGAGCCGGAAGUAGGGUUUCAGCACUUUUGCAGCGAUCAAAACAUUGAAAUGCACCAUCUCGGUGUAUUGUACAGCACAAAUGCGUGGGACCCGAUCACGGAAGAGAUCGUACUGCAAGCGCUUCAUUUGCUUGUCCAGCCCGCCACGUACCCUUGCCUUGUCAUGUGCAAUCUUGGUCGUCAUCGAACAGGUACGGUUAUUGGGUGCCUUCGAAAGCUGCAGCAUUGGAACCUGAGCGCGAUCUUAGAAGAGUAUCGCCGGUAUGCAGGCCCCAAGGUGCGCAUGAUGAAUGAACAAUUUAUUGAGCUCUUCGACGAAGAGUUGGUCUUUGGCGACAACCCAGCGUAA